CUCCGCUGUCCCCACGCUGUCCCCGCAGGCUGUUACAAGAUCACGACCGUGUUCAGCCAUGCCCAGACCGUGGUGCUCUGCGUGGGCUGCUCCACGGUGCUGUGCCAGCCCACGGGGGGCAAGGCCCGGCUCACCGAGGGCUGCUCGUUCCGGCGGAAGCAGCACUGAGCCAGCCGGGAUGCCACGGAGACAGACGGGAAUUCCGCCCGGUCCCUGUUGCCCCCUCCGCUUCCCACCAAUAAAUUUUGGAUAAAAUA